AUGGUUACACAUACAAGUGUGAUAUGUGGUCGUUAGGUGUGAUGUGUCAUAUUUUAUUAUCAGGAGUAUCACCAUUUUAUUCCGAUACUGGUAGCAAAAAAAUGAUCGAAAAAGCUAGAAUUGGAUUAAUUAAUUAUGAGAUUGAUCAGUUUAAACUGGUAUCUGCAAGAGCUAAGAAUUUCAUCUCAGGAUUGAUUCAAUUAGAUGCCAAUCAAAGAUUAAGUGUUAAUGAUUGUUUCAAUCAUAAAUGGAUCUUGUUAAAUAAAGAUUUAUUAGAUCGUGCGUAUGAAGAAAAAGUGUUAGGAAAUAAAUAGUUGUAAAAUGCGAUUUGUGAAUAAUUUUUAUAAAUAAUAUAUAUCACCACUUAACCUUUGCAACAUAUAAAUAUAUACCCCACCAUAACGUCAUGUCAUCCAGUUAUAGACCAAGAGGAGGGUUCAGCCAAAGAGGUAGGCCGAGACAAUUAGGUCUGCCUGGUCCCAGUUAUAGAAAUAAUCAAACCAGUACAUAUAAACCAUCUUCAUCAUCACCAUCACCACAAUCACAACUGAGUACUUACAGACCUCAAGGUAAUAGGAAUGGAUACCAUCAACAAUAUAAUAAUAGAUCGAAUAAUAAUUAUAGUAAUUAUAAUAGCUCAAACAAUAAUAACAGUUCAAAUAACAAUCAAGAGCCACAACAUCUGUUAUGGAUGGGAGAUCUUGAUCCUCAAUGGGAUGAAACAACCAUAUUGGAGAUAUGGAAAGCUGUGGAUGAACAACCAACAUCGGUUAAGAUAAAACAAGAUAAACUCAGUCAGAAGCCAAUGUAUUGUUUUGUUUCCUUCGCUACUCAACAAGAAGUUGAAAAAGCAAUUAAUAGAAAUGGACUUCCAAUCCCAGGUACAACAAAAUCAUUCAAAUUGAAUCGUGCAAGUGGAUCCACCAAUGUCCAAAGUAACAGUCUGGUGAUUAAGAGAACCGGUACUGUUGUUACUCCAAGAAAUGAAUUUUCCAUAUUUAUUGGUGAUAUAGAUCAAAGUGUUACGGAAAAGGAUUUAUUUGACAUAUUUAAUGAUAAAUAUCCUAAACAGAUUAUACAAGUUAGAAUCAUGGUUGAUCUUGUUACUAGAAUAUCAAAAGGAUUUGGAUUUGCAAGGUUUAUCAAUCUGGAAGUUAUGGAAAAAGCAUUAUCAGAAUUGAAUGGUACAGUUGUUGGAGGUAGGGCCUUGAGACUAGGUCAAGCUGCUAACUCAACUAUUUCUGCUACACCUACAGCUGAAAUUAAAACAGCUCCUGGUAUAAAAAUAAAUCAUCAUCCACAGUCUCAACCCCCAUUAAAUCAAUUCACUGAUCCUGAUAAUACUACAGUUAUCGUGAAAGGUUUAGAUUCAAAAUUCACUGAAAAUGAAGUUGUACAAUAUUUUAUUUCUUAUGGAGAUAUCAUCAGUUUCAAAAUGUCUGAUGAUCUUGCGAGUGCUACAAUAGAAUACUAUUUACGUUCUUCAGCUGAAUCGGCAUUGCUAUUAUUAAAUGGCUUACUUAUAAAAAACCGCAGAUUAACUGUGAAUUGGGGUAAUAAGGAAAAAUCAUACAAGAAGCGUAAAUUUGCUCCACUUGUUUAUAACUCAUUCGGUGCCACUCCAAUUAGAUUUGAUAAGACUAAGAAGGAAAAAGUCGAAGCAUCCAUGUCCAGAUCUUCAAAAUCCACAGUUAAUGAUUUGAAUAGUAUAUAUACAACAAAGAAACUAGCACGGGAUGCCAUACUUAAUGAAUAGAAGUCUAUGCAUGAUCAGUUUCUAGUGAUCCUGGGCAGAAAUCAUCAAGAUCUUUGUCAUCUUUAUAACUACAACCACAAUACCAGCAAUAGUUAUGAUUAGUCCUCAAGUAAUGAAUUAAUUUUAAUAAUUUAUCAUCAUAAUCAUCGUAGUCUUCGAUUUUCUCUUUUAAGAUGAAUUUCUGAACGUAUUCUCUCCAAAGUAGGUUAACAUUAUCAAUGAUGUGAUCUUGAUGAAAUUUAUCAGCUUCUCCACUCAAUUCAAAACAUAGUUUCAUAAUACUAUUCACUUGCUUUUUAUUCUUAUUAGUCAAUCGAUUAUCAAUUCUAUCCUUUGUAUAUAUGGAGUAAUCCUUAUCUGUUAAUAUGAUCUUCUUGGGAGCUCCUAGACCCAUGUUAUCAGUU